GCAGGUAUGUGAGGGAGCCAAUGACUUUGACUGAAUACUCUAUUUAAAAUACUUAAAUUUACUUUAUACUACAAAGGAAACACAUGUUCAUUACAGGAAAAAUGUUGAGAUGCUUAAAAAAUUCUCAUAAUCUAGUCAGCCAUAGGCAAAUGCUAUACAAUACCAGCUAUCUUUAUUUCUAUGUACAUGUGUCUGUGUGUGUGUGGGGAGUUGAACAGUUUAUAAUGUACAUGUGACUUAUAAUCUGCAUUUUUUACCUUAUACAUUUUGAAACUUUUUAUGUCAUAAAACAGGCUUCAACAACUGAUCACCUUUAACAAACACACACUUUAUUCUUUAUUGAAUUUGUCAUAAUUUUUAGCCUAUUAUUGAACAUUUACAUUAUUUCCAACUUCUCACUAUUGUAAAAAAUAAUGCAGCGAACAUCUUUGUAACUAACAUUAGGGCAAUCCAUCAUUUUGCCUUAGAAUAAGGGAAACACAUGCAAUGGCAGAGUAUGUGGAAUGCUUGAAGAUUUUGAUUCACAGAACUGACACCUGUCCAGGAUUGCACCCGUAUCAGUUCUUAUUACCUUCACUCUCACUAACUCUUGAAGUCCCACCCUAAAGCUCAGGGACAGAAAAAUGACUUGUCCACAGUGACAGAGUGGCAGAUCCAGUAAUAAAAGUCACCUUGUUACUGCCCCAUUUCAUUUAAAAUCAUGCCAGGGAGCUCAGGUGCUCAGGUGGUUGGAAGCCCGACCCCCAGCUCACACUUUUCCUCCUUCCCUCCUUUUCUGCCUCCCCAAAUGUCCCUCAGCAUUACUCCUUUCCUCUCUGUACCCCACUCCUUUUCUCUCUCUCUUCACUCUCUCUCAUCUCUUCUUAUUUUCUGCUGUCUUAUAUUUUUUCUUCUUGCUUGGUGAGAGUCAGAUCUCCUUGGUAAACCUCAGCCCUAACAGUCAUCCUUGCAUUUGCUUUCCUGGGCUAAUUUGCAGCUCCAUGUGGCUCUGGGUUUCUUUCCAUGGAAGGUUCUGCUUUGGCCUUUCCAAAGGGGGGUCAUUUUAGGGAACAGCUCUCAGUCAAGAUAAUCUACCAGGAAGGAACAGAGUUCACAAGACACUGUGUGAACUGGUAUUUCUACAGGGACAUAAUCUUCACUUUAGAUUUUUUACUUUCAAAAACACCAGUGCUGUUUUCCAUCUGGAAAGGACUGGGGGAGUUUGGAUGGGCUGUCUUUGGUAGUCUUGACCAUGCUAGGAAGGAUGGUCUUCUCCUCUCCUGGGAGGCCUUGCCUAUUCUGCUGUGACUGGAGACCCCUCCUGGCUGUGCCUUCUCUUCCACUCUGGCUCUGGGUACUAGGUAGUGGGAGGGCGUGUGGUGACCCUCAGGUGGAUGGGCAGUGGGGCUGGGUUUGAGCUGGGUUUAUCUGCCUACUGAGAGGCUAGAGCAUACCCCACCCCACUCUCAAGCCUGGGAAGUAUCCCAGCUCAGCUAUUUAGGGCAACCUGUCAUCAGGUUUGCACACAGGUCCUAGGCUCACACCCCUGCCAGCUAGACUUGCUCCCAAUGGCCCCAGGGAGGGAGAGACAAAGCUGCCUGCAGUCUGCUGAGCUGGCAAGACCUUGGUGGGUCCCCAGAGGCUGCUUAUAGAUAAAGGCCUGGGCAACCUUUGCAACCUGUGGCUGAGUGGUUCUGGCCCCCAGCAUGCUUUCCCCUAGCUCCACUCGCUUUCUUCUCUAACAGUCCUUCUCUCCUUCUCAGCCAGGGACCAGACACCCCUGAUUGCAGGAAUGUGUUCCCUCCCCAUGGCAAGAUACUACAUAAUUAAAGAUGCAGAUCAGAGGGCUCUGUGCAUGAGAGAUGGCCAGCUCCUCGUGGGAGAUUCCACUGCAGACAACUGCUGUGCAGAGAAGGUCUGCAUACUUCCUAACAGAGGCCUGGACCGUGCCAAGGUCCCCAUCCUCCUGGGGGUCCAGGGAGGGAGUUGCUGCCUGGCGUGUGUUGAGACAGGAGAGGGGCCUUCCCUGAAGCUGGAGGAUGUGAACAUCGAGGACCUAUACAAGGGCGGUGAAGAGACCACACGCUUCACCUUCUUCCAGAGCAGCUCCGGCUCUGCCUUCAGGCUUGAGGCAGCUGCCUGGCCUGGCUGGUUCCUCUGUGGUCCUGCUGAGCCCCAGCAGCCAGUACAGCUCACCAAAGAGAGUGAGCCCUCGGCCCGCACCAAGUUUUACUUUGAACAGAGCCGGUAGGAAGGCAGGAGGCUGAGGUCCAGCCUGGUACCCCCAAACAGGCUCAUCCUGCUCAGGGCCUGUGGUAGGUAGAAUAAUGGUCCCCCAAAGAUGUCCACAUCCAAAACCCCAGACCCUGUGAAUACAUUACUUUAUGUGGCAAAGGGGCCUUGCAAAUGUGACUGUGUCAGGGAUCUUGGGGUAGGGAGAACAUCUGGGCACUUGUUGAGUUUUAGGUGGGCCAGACAUAAUCACAAGGGUCCUCGUGAGAGGGAGGCUGGCUGGGAGAGUCAGAGAGAGGUUGUAAGAUGCUAUACCAGGGGCCAUGAGCCAGCAAGUGCAGCAGUUUCUAGAAGCUGGAAAGGGCAGGGAGUGGGUUGUCUUCUAGAGAAGGCUGGAGAAGGAAAACAGCUGGGCUGACACCUGGAUUUUAGUCCACUGACACCCAUUUCAGACCUCUGUCCUCCAACACUGUAAAUUAAUAAAACUGUG